AUGCUUAAAGGACUAUUUACCUCAUUCUCAUUCCUUUUCUUAUUAGGAGCAGGACUUCUUUUAUUCUUAACCAAUUUAAAUGGUGGAGCAAAUUCAUCCGUUUUAAGAAGAUUCUAUUGGCUUCAAGUUGAUACAAGUGGAAUAUCAGGAAUUUCAGAAUCCCCAAUUCGUUGGACUCUUUAUAAUAUUUGUCAAGUUGAUGGUAAUAAAAAUACCAAUUGUGGUAAAACAAAAGCAGCAUUCCCUUUCUCACCUGCUGAUAAUUUUAAAGAUGCAUCAAGUCAAUUACCUCAAGAUUUUGUUAAUAAUCGUGAUACUUACUUUUAUUUAUCAAGAUGUGCUUAUGCUUUCCUUUUAGUUGCUUUAGCAUUCACUAUUUUUUCAAUCAUUAUCUUUAUCAUUACUCCAUUUAUUAAAGUAUAUGUCAUUACUCCACUUUUCAAUUUCAUUGCCCUUUUAUUCGAUGUUGCUGGUGCGGCAUGUUUAACUGCUGCUUAUGUUAAAGGUAGACGUGAAUUCAAUGACGCUGGUCAUACAGCUAAAAUCAAUGCUUUAUCAUUUGGAUUACUUUGGGCUUCAGUGGCAUGUUUGAUAUUAUCAUUUAUAGGUACUAUAUUUUAUUGUGUCCUGCAUCGUCGUUAUCCAACUACUACCACCUAUGAUCCUGCAACUUAUGAUAAAGAAAAUUUCAGUGAUUCAUCUUAUCAACAUGCUGGAGUUGAUGAAAAUACUUAUGUUAAUGAUGAAAAUCCAACUGUACCUGAAGAUUCUGAACCUCAACCUGAUACUUCAGCCGGUAAUUUUAGAUUCUUCAGAGUUAAUAGGAAAAAACCUGAAGUUGAAGUUUGA